AUGGAGAAGGUGCCCCGGCCUUACGCGCACAUGCACCCGGCUUUCCUGCCUCUCUCUGGACAUGGAGUGCUCAAGUCUCUGCUGGAGAAGCCGGUCAAACUGCCGCUGCACCAUGAAGGCUCGGCUCAGCUCCAGGAAAAGCAGAAGUCCGUGGAGGAGGAGGAGGAUGAGAGAGCAGCUCCUCAGUCGGCGUUCCUCGGACCGACGCUCUGGGACAAGACUCUUCCGUAUGACACAGAGGGAUUCCAGCUUGAGUACAUGGACCUGGAGGAGUUUCUGUAUGAGAACAUACCCCCUAGCCCCGCCCACAACCACACCCAUCAGCACAAGCAGCCAAUCCCACCCACGACUCUACGACAGCCAAUCAGCUCCCAGGGCCCGACAAAAGUGAUAGACCUAAGCCACGCCUCCACCUCCAGCUGUCUGCACCAGAGCCCCCCUCCCCCAGGGUGCGUUGAACUCCCUCUCUCCUCAGGCCUGUCCGAGCAGAGGAACACUCCAAGUCCUAUAGACCCAGACUCGAUCCAGAUCCCAGUGGGAUUUGACCCGGACCCGGUGGACUUGGCUCUGUCCACAGUCCCAGGACAGGAAGUGUUUGACCCCCGGAAGAGGUCGUUCUCCACAGAAGAACUGAAACCUCAACCAAUGAUCAAGAAGGCCCGAAAAGUCUACAUGCCCGAAGACCUGAAGGACGAGCGUUACUGGGCACGGCGGCGUAAAAACAACAUGGCGGCGAAGCGUUCCCGGGAUGCACGCCGCCUUAAGGAAAACCAGAUCGCCAUCCGAGCAGCGUUCCUGGAGAAAGAAAACUCCGCCCUCCGACAGGAAGUGGCCGACCUCAGACAGGAACUGGGACGAACCAACAAUGUCCUGUCCAGAUACCAGGCCCGACACGGGCCGGUGUGA